AAGGAAGGGCAACCCGUACAGAGAAAAGGAAACGACUUUGUUCUUCAUUUUUCUCACUCUCUCUCCUGAGAAGAAGAAGAAGAAGAACCCUAAUCCUCCUCGAUCACCACCAAUUCAGUUCAGCCCCCAAAAUCAAAAAGAUCUAGAGUCUUCAAACAAAAAAAUUAUUUUAUUGGGGGGUGUGGAGUGGAGGAUUAGGAUCGAUCAAAUGGGCGGAAGCAUCAACGAGGCACUGAGAGAUGACGAGCUUCGAUCGGUGCUGGCGAAGCUGGAGAGUCAGCGGGACAAGGAGGUGUUCGGGUUGGUGUGCAAGAGGUGGCUUCACUUGCAGAGCACUGAGAGGAGGAAGCUGUCCGCACGUGCGGGGCCUCACAUGCUCCGCAAAAUGGCCGCCAGGUUCUCCCGCCUUCAUGAGCUCGACCUCUCCCAGUCCCUUUCCAGGUCCUUCUAUCCAGGUGUCACCGACUCUGAUCUCUCCGUCAUUGCCAAUGGCUUCAACUGCUUGAGGCUCCUCACUCUCCAAAACUGUAAAGGAGUUACGGAUGCUGGAAUCAUUGCAAUUGGAUCUGGUCUUUCAUCACUACAGUCUCUAGAUGUGUCGUAUUGCAGAAAGUUAACAGACAAAGGAUUAUCAGCUGUUGCUCAGGGCUGCUCUGACCUUCGCGCACUGCAUCUUGCCGGCUGCAGAUUUAUAACCGAUGCACUAUUACAUGCUCUUUCAAACAAUUGUCACUCUUUACAACACCUGGGUCUCCAAGGCUGUACUAAUAUCUCUGAUUCCGGACUUAGUGAUCUUGUAAAUGGAUGUCAACAGAUCGAGUUUUUAGACAUCAACAAAUGCAGCAACAUUGGAGACAUUGGCGUUUCCAGUGUCUCCAAGGCAUGUUCAUCUUCUCUCAAGACACUCAAGCUAUUGGACUGUUACAAAGUCGGGGACGAGUCUAUAAUAUCCUUGGCCACAUUCUGCAAAAAUCUUGAAACUUUAAUCAUUGGUGGCUGCCGGGACGUAUCUGACGCAUCAAUAAAUUUGCUGGCCUCUUCUUGUAAGGGUAGUCUCAAGAACUUACGGAUGGAUUGGUGUUUAAAUAUCACAGACUCUUCUUUGAGCUGCAUUCUGGUUCAGUGCAGAAACCUCGAGGCUCUUGACAUUGGGUGCUGCGAGGAGGUGUCAGAUGCUGCCUUUCAGGGUUUAAAAGGUGGUGAAGUUGAGCUGACCCUGACCUUAAAGGUCUUAAAGGUUAGUAACUGCCCGAAAAUCAGUGUGGCAGGGAUAGCUAUGGUGUUGGAGAAAUGCGAGAUGCUAAAAUACUUGGAUGUAAGGUCAUGCCCACAAAUUACAAAGGGGAGCUGUGAUGAGGCCGGAUUGCAGUUUCCUCAAUCUUGUAAAGUCAACUUCAUCGGGAGUUUAGGGGAGCCUGAUGUCUUACCUUGAGAAACAAAGGCUGUUGUGGCUGUUGUGGCUUUGCAAGUUCUGCCCUGUUUUAAUCUGGAAUCUGAUAAAAUGUUGGUUUGUCGUGUAUGGGGCAGGGUCCCUGACAAUAUAUAAUUUGUACAUGUUUCUCCUAUUAUUGUAGUUGUGGGUUAAAUAAAACAUGUUGUUUUUGUGAAUAA